CGGCCGGGGAUUGUUGACGCCUACGCCUACGGCUGCGGCUGCGGCGGUGGCGACGGAACUGUUGGGGAGGGGUAAUUGGGGGAGAGAGACGGAGCAGUGACAGGUACCGCUGAGGGUGCUGCUGAGGCGACGAUGGCAGAGGGGCCCGAGGAAGCCCGAGGCCCCGCUCCUGGGCAGGACGAAGGCGGGGGGGACCACGAGCCGGUCCCUUCCCUGAGAGGGCCUCCUACCGCCGCCGUCCCAUGUCCCCGCGACGACCCCCAGGCCGAACCCCAGGCCCCGGGCCGGCCCAGAGCUCCGGGCCUCGCAGCUGCCGCCGCUUACGAAUCGGAGCCGCCGCGCGAGCUUGGGAAGUGCGGGGAGGCGGCCUCCGGCUCCGGUGCAGGGCCGCCAGAGCAGGCGGGCUGCGAGGCGCCCGAGACCGCGGCGCCGCUGGAGAGACCGGCGCGGCUGAGCGCCCGUGAGUACUCCCGGCAAGUGCACGAGUGGCUGUGGCAGUCCUACUGCGGCUACCUCACCUGGCACAGCGGCCUGGCCGCCCUCCCCGCCUACUGCAGCCCCCAGCCGUCCCCGCAGAGCUUCCCCUCGGGCGGCGCUGCAGCCCCCCAGGCCGCGGCGCUGCCGCCGGCCCCGCAGCUGGGCUAUUACAGCCCCUUCUACUUCCUGAGCCCCGGGGCUGCGGGGCCCGACCCGGGGACAGCUGCCGGCCUCAGCACCCCUGCUCCAGUCGCGAACCUGGGAGCCCGGGCUCCUCAAGUGCAGUCGUCCGUCCGGGCCACUCCAGUGACGAGGGUAGGAUCCGCAGCGCCUUCGCGAAGCCCCAGCGAGACCAGGCAGCAGGCAGGCAGAGAAUAUGUUAUUCCAUCCUUGGCCCACAGAUUUAUGGCAGAGAUGGUGGAUUUCUUUAUUCUCUUCUUUAUAAAAGCAACCAUUGUCUUAAGCAUUAUGCACCUCAGUGGGAUAAAGGAUAUCUCUAAGUUUGCUAUGCAUUAUAUAAUAGAAGAAAUAGAUGAAGACACAUCAAUGGAAGACUUGCAGAAAAUGAUGGUUGUGGCUCUUAUAUACAGAUUAUUGGUUUGUUUCUAUGAGAUCAUUUGCAUUUGGGGAGCAGGUGGAGCUACCCCAGGGAAGUUCCUGCUGGGGCUUCGAGUUGUGACAUGCGAUACAUCAGUGCUUAUUGCACCAAGUCGGGUUUUAGUGAUUCCUUCCUCAAAUGUUAGCAUUACAAUGUCCACUAUACGGGCUUUGAUCAAGAAUUUUUCUAUUGCUUCUUUUUUCCCUGCUUUCAUCACACUGCUGUUUUUCCAGCAUAAUCGAACAGCCUAUGACAUUGUAGCAGGAACCAUUGUGGUAAGAAGAAAUGGGGCCAGAUGAUGUCCCCCAAAGCCCUGAUUUCCACACACUGUAAUGACAAGACUAAAUUAUGUAUCAAGGCCAUCAGUAUCCCUGGGUUACACUAAUUCAUGAUUUAGAAAUUAAAGCAGUCACUCCAGUGUGAUGCAGGUGACUAUUCUCAAAGUACUGAUUUUACUCGAAUGCCAAAGAACUUUUCCAGCAGAAAAACCUAUUAAAUUCAAGUAAAUUUUUAGAUCAAAAAGGCAAAUGAUUUUAUCAACAAUGGACAAUAUACACUUUCUUAAGAUCUAAGGCAGUAGGAUUUGCUGAAAGCAUUUCCAGCUUUGAAAUCUCCAAAUGAAACUUUAAAAUUUGUUUUGAUUUACCCCAAAAUAAUGGAAAAUGUUCAGCUGUGUUUUGUAAAUACCUAUGUAACUCAUCUUUUAGUUUUCAAAUUCCUGGGGAAAUUGUCUUUGGUGUUUAGGGGAGGGAAUGAGAACACAAAUUGGACAAUCCGCUCUCUCCCAUCCCAGGAGAUGGUGAGUUAGCUGCCAGAAAGGCAGGCCUAGCAGUUCCCUUCGGUGAUCAUGUAAAACUUUACAAGUAUUCUUAAUGCUUGAACAUGUAUUUGGGGACAAGUUUCUCAUGAUGAUGAAAAAGUAUUAAGUCAUAUUGCUAUGUUAUCAUUGAUUUUUUUAAAGGUAAGUUAGUACGUUUAAUGGUGGGAGGAGUAAAUUUUCACUGUACAUUUAACUCAUAAUUUAUGUGCAAGUGUUUUCAGUACCCUGAAUCAAACUAUAAAUAUGUGGGGAGAAAUUACUUCCAUCAAACUAUUGCAUAUUUACUGUAAAAGUAUUUCCAGUAUGUGUGCAGCAUGAAGAAAGUAUUAGUGCUUUUCAGUGUUCUCAAUGAGUGUAAAUUCUAUUUAUAUACAGCAUAUUCACAUACUAGUUUCCUUAUAUUUUACAUAGUUCCAUGACUGUUGAAAACAUCAAGAAGUUAAGAAAAUUUAAUAGUUCAUCAUUAACUCUAAAAUACUAUUAAUAGCUUGUGAAAUAUUAGCAAUUUUCCCAUUAUGGACUGUUCUCUCUAAAGCAAGGGAGACUGUUGUUCCCAGACAUUAUUCUAGGUUCUGUCUGCUAGGGAUAAAGUUUGGGGGAAAAUGUUACGCAGAGUAAUACUGUGUAUACUGCCAUUUUGCAUUAUUGUUAUGUUGAAG